GGUUCCGGGGGACGCAGGCCUGUGUCCCGGCGGGGGGCGGAGGUUGGGGCUGGCCAGGAGGUGUUAACCCCGCCGCGCAGCUCCUGCUCUGUUGCCGCCGGGGAACGCCGGGGUUUGCGUGCGCGCUCCCCGUUCCCGCCUGCGAGGAGGCCUGCGUGCGCGCGUCCGUGGGCAUCUCCGGGACCCAGCGGGGGACCGCGCUGGGAGGUGCUCGGCGGCCGCUCGCCUCCCGCCUCCGCGCCUUUACCCUGGCUGCCCCCCCCUCCCCCCCGCCCCUCCCGUGGCUGUCACGAUCUGCCCGGGCCCUUGGUGGCGCCCUCCCCACCUGUGCUUAUUCGCGUUCUGAGCUCUCCGUUGUCCGGGUGUCGGCUGGACCUCCGGGACCCGGGGAGCUCCACUUUCUCAAGAUCUGGGCGCUGCUCCAGGAGGGAGCCAGGAGAGAUGGCGUCGGUGCUCCUGGCAGCCAGGUCCCGGAAAUCAUUGACAUUCAAGGAUGUGGCCGUGGACUUCACCAAGGAGGAGUGGAGACAACUGAAUCCUUCUCAGCGAAAUAUGUACAGGGAUGUGAUGCUGGAGAACUACAAGAACCUAGUUUUCCUGGGGCUUUUAGGUUCUCAGCCAGAUGUGAUCUCCCAGCUGGAGAAAGGUGAAGUGCCAUGGAUACCUGAGGGAGAAGUACCCAGAAGCCCUUGUCUAGAUUCUCUUAUUCAGAAUACUAGGUGUAAAACCAGAGAACCAGUUCCAAAGCAUGCUGUUUCUCUGGGAGAAACAUCCAAAGAGAUACUUAUAAAGGAUAGCUCUUAUAAUGCCAUUUUGGAAGAUGAUUGGGAAUGUGAUGUCAAGUUGCAAAGGGAGAAGAGUAACCAGCAAAGAAAGUCUAAGAGAAUAACAGUCACCCAUGAAACCAACACAUUUGGGAAAAAUUGCGAUUCAGAUUCAUCACUUGUUCCAGAGCAGAGAGCUGCCACAGAAAGAAGUCUCCGUGGGUGUGGAGGAAGUGCAAAGACCUCCAAGCAGUAUCCAAACAUUCUCAAGGGUCAUAAAAUCUCUGGCAAGAAACUUUCGAAAUCUAAUAAAUACAGGAAAUCCUUCAGUUAUCAUUCAGAUCUUAUUCAAUAUCAUAGAAAACUUACUGGGAAAAAAACAUGUGAAUGUAGUGAAUGUGGGAAAGCCUUUAGCACCAGGUCGGCACUUAAAGGACAUAUAAGACUUCAUACUGGAGAGAGACCCUUUGUGUGCAGCGAGUGUGGAAAAGCCUUCAUUCAGAGAGCAAAACUGAAUGUACACAAGAGAAUUCAUACUGGAGAGAAACCCUUUGCUUGUCAUGAGUGUGGAAAAGCCUUUAGAUACUCAAUAAGUCUUACUGAACAUAAGAGAAUUCACACAGGAGAGAGACCUUUUGAAUGUAAAGAAUGUGGGAAAGCCUUUAGGCAGAGUUCAGCACUUAGGAGACAUCAGAUAAUUCAUACUGGGGAGAAACCCUUUGUGUGUAAUCUGUGUGGGAAAGCCUUCAUAGAGAGUGGAAAACUUACUGCACAUAAGAGAAUUCACACAGGUGAGAAGCCCUUUCAGUGUAAAGAAUGUGGGAAGACCUUUAGCUACAUCUCAUCCCUUAGAGAUCAUUGUAGGUUUCAUACUGGAGAAAACCGACACGAAUGUAACGAAUGUGGGAAAUCUUUCAGUAGAAGCACAUCACUUAAAGGCCACCAAAAAAUUCAUACAGGUGAGAAACCCUACGUGUGUAAUGAGUGUGGGAAGGCUUUUAUAGAAAAGGUAAGACUGACUGAGCAUAAGAGAAUUCAUACUGGAGAGAAACCCUUUGAAUGCAACGAAUGUGGAAAAGCCUUCAGCCACAGCUCAUCCCUUCGAUAUCAUCGGAGACUUCAUACCGGGGAGAGACGUUACAAAUGUGGUGAGUGUGGGAAAUCCUUCAGUGCAAGUUCAACACUUAGAAAGCAUCAGAGAACUCAUACUGGAGAGAAACCUUUUUCUUGUCCCGAGUGUGGGAAAGCCUUCAUAGAGCGAGGGAGACUUACAGAACAUAUGAGAAUUCAUACCGGAGAGAAGCCUUUUGAAUGUAAUGAAUGUGGAAAGGCUUUUAGCUAUACCACUAGUCUUACUGAACACCAGAGAAUUCAUACAGGAGAGAAACCUUUUGAAUGUAGUGAAUGUGGAAAAGCCUUCAGCCAAAGUUCAACACUUAGGACACAUCAGUUAACACAUACUGGAGAGAAGUCCUUUGAAUGUAAUGAAUGUAAGAAAGCCUUCAGUAGCCGAUCAUCCUUGAAGCUUCAUUGGAGAAUUCAUACAGGAGAAAAAAAGUUUGAAUGUAGCGAAUGUGGGAAAUCCUUUAUAAGAAGUUCAUCGCUUAUGAAGCAUCAGAGGAUUCACACCGGAGAAAAACCAUUUGCGUGCACUGAAUGUGGGAAAGCCUUCAUCGAGAGAGGAAGACUUAAUGAACAUAUGAGAAUUCAUACGGGAGAGAAACCCUUUGAAUGUCAUGAGUGUGGAAAAGCCUUUAGCUACAUAGCAAGUCUUACUGAACACAAGCGAAUUCAUACUGGAGAGAAGCCGCUUGAAUGUAACGUGUGUGGAAAAGCCUUCCGCCAUAGGAUAGGUCUUACGGCUCAUAAAAGAAUUCAUACAGAAGAAAAGCCUUUUGAAUGUAAAGAAUGUGGGAAAGCCUUCAGUAACAGUUCAAAUCUUAUGAUGCAUUGGAGACUUCAUACAGGGGAGAAGCCCUUCAAAUGUAACGAAUGUGGAAAAGCCUUUAGCAAUAGCUCAAACCUUAGGACACAUCAAAGACUUCAUACUGGAGAGAAACCCUUUGAUUGCAAUCAAUGUGGGAAAGCCUUCAGAGAAAAGAGACAACUUACUCUACACAAGAGGAUUCAUACUGGAGAGAAACCCUUUGAAUGUAAUGAAUGUGGAAAAGCCUUUAGUUAUCCCACAAGUCUUACUGAACAUAAGAGAAUUCAUACUGGAGAGAAACCCUUAGAAUGUAAUGAAUGUGGGAAAACAUUCAGUCACAGCUCAUCUUUUAGGAAUCAUAAGAAAUGUCAUAUUAAAGAAUAAGAUCUAGGAAGCAAAAUGGAAAACCUUCCUGCAGAAAAUAAAUGUUUUAGAGAAACCAAGGGAAAGUAGCAUGUAGGAUUUUUUUUUUUUUUUAUAGCAAUAGCACAUCCUUUAAGAGACCUUGGACAAGAACUUGGGGAUCGUAGUCUGUCUCAUACCAGCAGAACGUAAGGUACUUGAAGACAAGGACCUAUUUGAGAUAUAUAUAUAUUUUUUUUUUUUGGGGGGGGGAGGGUUACCCAGCACUUAGCACAGAAUCUGGCAUUGGUAGAUGCUUGACAAAUGCUUAUUGAAUGCCUAAGUAAGAAUCUGUCAUACAGUAUGAUUAAAAACUAGGCUGCAUUAUUUGCUUGAAAAUUGGACUCCGGCAUUCAAAGUCCUUAAUUUUUACUCCAGCUAUAGAAUCCUGUAACAGAAGAUCUCUCAGAGACUAAAAAUCAAUGAGGAUUGGAACAGCAAGUGAUAUGGCAGAUAGAACAACAUGGGUUUAAGAAAGCUUUUAUAUAUUUUUUCCUUGAAAAAGAGAGGCCCAUGAGAUUGGACUUAGAAGUUGAGAGCCAUGAACUUUCCCUGGAGAAAUACCUGUUACAAAUGUAAGGUGACUUGGUUGGAAAGAACUAGAAUAGCAUUUUUUUUUCCUAUUGGUAACAGAAAAUGAGAACUAAACUUCAGUAAUCCAAAGAUUGUCCCCUGUGGACAUAGGGUUUUUCUCCAAAGAAUCUGGUUGAUUCCUAAUGACUUUCAAGCUUAAUUUCACAGAUGCUGGAAUUUUGACAUGGAUUUGAAAAAGCUGGAAUCCUCCUAUUUACGAAACAGACACAUAGGUAUCAGCCUCCUGACAAACGAUUAUGAAUACUUAUAUAAUUCCACAUUAAACCUGGUCUGUGUGUGUUGUGUUGUGACACAUGCAUCUGAGUUUGUGGUUCAAAUGUAUAUAUCAAUCAGUGUAUUACUUUAGCUUAAUUACUUUAGCUUAAGAUUUAUUCUCCUUUUCUUUACCAAGCUACUACCAAAUGCAAAAUACCUAGAAAAUUAUCAGCCUUCUAAUUCUACAUAUGAAGAGAAAAGAAGGCUACUUGCUUUUGCAGAAAGUUUCUAUAAAGUUAAGACAAUUGAAACUGUAGACUCAGCACUUAUAAAGGUUUAUUUCCUGUGUGGCCAUAUUUCUAUGAGCUGAGAACAAAUAUUCCUUUUUCUGUUUAAACAGGAAUUCUACAGCUCUCUUCCACAAGAAUAGUCCAGUUCAAAUCUGAGCAAGGUAUUUUUAGUAUUCAGUCUUAUCCUUUAUAUAUUUUAAAUGGCAACCACUUCUAAUAUUCUAUAGCUGUAUUAUUUACUAUCAGAAGUUAUUAAGACUUAGUUUCUCAUUAAAAAAAAUAGUUAUUCAGUGAGCCAGUUCUCAGUUCAAUGAACCAUGAUUUGCAUACUUCAUUGUGAAUCAUAUUAUCUCUUAAUUAUUUAAUAAAUAUGCUUAAUAUUUUCAUAUCUUUUCAAAGAACAAUUUGUUAGAAUGUGUUAUUGAACAUAAUCUGCCAAGAUGCUUUAUUGUUGAAAAGAUCCUAAAUUCAUAAGAUUUGGAAUGUGCUUUAUAAUAAAAGGCUAAAAAAA